UCUGCUGCAUGCACGUCUUGAUCUUGAAAUUUGAUAAUUAAUUUAUUAUUAAAUGAUUUUCACACCAUGGAUCCAUGGCCAACUCAUCCCCUGUUUAUAUAUUUUUUUUCUUCUUCUUCUUCUAUUAUUUGCACCAAACCAAACUUAACUCCAAUCCACAUGCCUUGUUUCAUCACCAUACAACUUCUUUCAUGACCCCACACACACCUUCAUUACCAACUCUUCACUCCUUUUAUAAAUAACCAAUAUUUCCACCUUAAAUAUACUCUUAUCUAUAUAUACUUACAUAUUCUAGAUACUCAUAAAAACAUAAGAGAAACAGAGCAAAGGCAAUAGAAGAGUUAAUAUAUAUGGCUAUAGUUUUGAAGAAGAGUAGUAAUGGAUACUCAAAGAUGGAAAAAGAAGACCCAGAAGAGAAAAACCAUCGAAGGGCUCAGUUUUUGAUCUACAAAGUAAUGGAACAAGCCGAGUCAAGAAAAAGAACCUCGUAUUUGAGAUUAAGAAUAAAGAAGUUGAAGGUGAAGAUCGGAAAAAGACUGACCAAGUUGAGAAAAAGUCUAAACACAGCUAGAAUUAAUGUGUACAGACAAGUUUCUACUCAAUUGAAAACUUGUAAACGUUUGUUUGGUGGUACUUCUGCUCAGACCACUCUUGUUCCUAUUUUCGCAUGAUUAUGUUUUUCUUAUGUUUUUUUUCAACGAAAUUAAACAUAUCACGAUUUGAGUCAAUCCUAUGGUACUAUAUAAUCAAUACAUACAUAGUUUUAAUUAUUAUCUUCUUCCCCUGAGUUUCUUCUUAUUAUUGUUAUUAAUAUCAUUAUUAUUACAGUUUUAUAAAAUGCUGUUUGGUAAAUUCU